AUGUCCGACAACGAUCUGAAGCAAGCAAUUCUCCGGCUGACGGCAAUGAUCGCCAACCAGCAGCAGCAGAUUGGAGCCCUUCAACAGGUCAACGCGAAUCAAGUUGGAAGCGUGAAGAUCAUCGAGUUACUCUCCACCGGAAUUGACGAGUUUCGUUAUGAUCCAGACGGAGGACUAUUUUUUGAAUCGUGGUACACUCGAUACGAGGACGUAUUAAGGAGGACGAGAAGCAUCUGGACGAUUAAGCUAAGGUUGCUUCUGAGGAAAAUCGGCACGCAAUUCCACGAACGCUACGUGAAUAGCGAUUUGCCGAAUCAUCUACGGGAUUUUGUGCUCGAAGAAACCGUCAAGAAGCUUAAGAAGCUCUUCGAACGCCAAAAGUCCCUCUUCAACGGACGUUAUCAGUAUUUUCAGCACAUCAAAAACGACGCUGAUGAUUUUUCGUCCUAUGCAGCGUCGGUGAACAAGCACUGUGAAGCGUUCCUGACCGAGAAGCUCUCCAGCGACCAAUUCAAGACGCUCAGGUUCGUAUGCGGUCUCCAGUCACCGCGUGAUUCGCACAUCUGGACCAGGUUGAUUGGAAACCUGGAGGCAGAAGAAACCGCACCGCCGGCUGAUGGUGCAACGCUGAAGCUUGAAAACCUGGUUGAGGAGUGCAACCGCAUUAUCAACCUCAAGAUGAUCGAGAAAGGUUACUCAGAUAGAUCUGUUGUUAUUGCAAUAUCUCGACAUUCAACAAGAAGGAAGGAGAAAUUACCAAAAACGCCUUGCUGGUUCUGUGGGGAUUUACACUAUGUGAAGGAGUGUCCCUACCAGUCUCAUACCUGUGUGAAAUGCAAGCGUAAGGGCCAUUUAGGUGAUUCAGCUUCCUAG